GAAAACCCCGCACGAGAGCGAGAAGAUAAAAAGUCCAAACCGCCACAAAUGGAAGCUGAAGAGGAUUUUAGCGCGUCAAGCGGCGGACACACACCGAGCCAGAGAGACACACAGCCGCCCUGAGACAUGAACACCCCGACAGCCGUCGCUCUGCUGCACUGCUUCCUGUUUGCAGUUUUGGUCCGAUCAGCUCCCGCCCCCCUCCCAGCCUUCAGGGAGACGGCUGAACGAGCGAAGACGCUGGUGGAGAAAAUCCUGAGGGACCUCCCCGACGUGCACGCCGCCACCAUCAACACGGAGGGUCUGACCCUCGACCCCUCCACUCAGACCGCCAACCUGCAGAUGAUGGUGACCUCACUGGGCAUCCCCGCCGGCCCCGUCAUCAAGCCGCUGUCCGAACGCUUCACACUGGACAUGUGUGUGAGUCGUAUGUUGGCGGGCGGCCGGUUGUACCAGGGGCUGCUGGGAAUUUUGUCAGAGAGACUGAGCGGACUGACGGAUGUGCGAGCCGACCUCAGAGACCUGCUGACACACCUCAGAAAGAUGAAGGAGGCGGCUCAGCUCGCCGAUGAUGGUCUGGAUCAGAACCCGAGUCUGGAUCUGUCCACUCGUCUCCAUGGCAACUACGAGGUCCAGGUGGCGGUCCACCUGACGCUGACACAGCUUCGUUCCUUCUGUCACGACCUGAUCCGCAGCCUGAGAGCCAUUGCUCGUGCUUCAGGUACACGCUAAGCCCCGCCCACCAGGGACAACACAGUGCUGCGUUCAAGGACAUAAGAGACAGAUUAUUAAAAGUAGGACAGACAAUUCAUACAUGAGAGGUCAGUGACCUCAGCAGUGACAUCAUCAGUGACAUCAUCAGUCUGUGAUGAGGUCUCUGCAGGAAGACACAUCUGAUGAUUUAUUUAUUCUGUUGUAUUUCAUGACAUUUUCUAAGUGGGGGGGGGACAAUGUCUCAAACCUCUCCACCGGCAGGACGCUUCUAAACCUGACGUUUUAUUGUGACAGUCGACUUCCUGUGAGCCUCUGUGAAAAUAUCCCAGAGUGUUUUGGGUGUUGCUCCUCCUCUGUCAGUCGGAGGAUCCAAGCUCCGCCUCUUUUCAGAGCAAUGUGAACGCAGCACGGCGAGUCAGAGCUGCAGGUCUGAACCUGGUCACAGGUGAGUGUGGAGCUGCAGGUCGACGCCAACAAAUUCAGAUCAGACACUUCCACUUAUUGAUUAUCAGAAGUUCAGAUCAGACUGUGAGUUAUUGAUUAUCAGACGUUUUCUGAGGAGGAGGGGGGACGACCUGAAACAUUUUACCUCUUUAUUUUCUGCUCUUUCAAACUUUAGUUCACAAUCAUUUUUAAAGCUGCAGCAUCAGUUCAUCAAUCAGUUUUAAUAAUCGAUUCAUCGUUUCAGACAAUUUGAAUCAGUUUUCUGACAAUUUUUAACAAUUGGUUGUUAGACUGAUCAAUAAUGAAAAUGAUUGUUUGACUGAUAAAAAAUUAAAAUGAUCAUUAGACUAAUCAAUAAUGAAAAUGAUCGUUAGACUGAUCAAAAAUUAAAAUGAUCAUUAGACUAAUCAAUAAUGAAAAUGAUUGUUAGACUGAUCAAAAAUUUAAAUGAUCAUUAGACUAAUCAAUAAUGAAAAUGAUCGUUGCAGAAUGAAAUGUGAAAAGGCAGCUUUUAUUGUGAAGCAGAAACAGGAAGUGCAUCAAAUUGGCAAUUAACUCUGAAGGUGUAUCUGCAGUUAAUAUCUCAUGAUGAUAUUUAUCAAUAUUUCUGAUCAGAUCUCUGAUCAUAUGCAGGUUAUUAAUCAUUUAUUUAUUACUGAUAUUUAUUCCUUAUUUAUAUUGAUGUAUUUAUUGAUUUGUUUGUGUGAAUCAUUUUGUUUUUGUGGGUCGUGACCUCACAUGGUUGCAGCACAUGAAUUUAAGAUCAUAAUAUGAUAUUGAUUUUAUAUUUUCAAUAUUAAAUCAAUUUUAGGGACGAGAGAGGUUUAAAACAAACAGAGAGAGAAUCGCUGAUGGACAUGCAUGAUGUCAGAGAUGAUGUCAUCAGUGAGUGAUGACGUGAGUGAUGAUGUCAUCAGUGAGUGUGUGUGUGUGAACAUGCAGAUGUUCUGCAGGUAAAUGACAGGUAAAUGUCUUUGUAUCUCAGACGUGUUCAGGUGUGAAACUGAAACAGGAAGUAAACCCCAUGGGUGACCUGACUUUAUUUAUUGAUAUUUAUGUCACAGUGAUCAAUGAAACCUGAUCUUUUUUUGUGCCCUUUGAUUCUUUCACAAUAAAACUUUUCUACUGUUUCACUGUCACUUUGUUUUUGUGGUCUUUCAGGACCACAGCUUCCUGUUUCACAUGGAGGCUUUUAUUGUGAAGCAGAUACAGGAGAAUGGUUUUAUACAGUAUGUGCAUCAGCAGUUUUAUUUAUCUGUUAUUAAUCACACCAAUGAGAAGAAUUCAGACUGAAACAACCUUCAUCACAGCAUCACUUUAAAUCUGUUAAACUCAGUCUCUGUUCUGUCUCUUGGUUUUAUUCUGAAAGUCUCUCUCUCCAUCUUCACCUUCCUGUCUGAAGAUUUUCAGGAUUAUUCUUAUUCUGACAGUAAACACAUCAGAUUGUAGUGAAGCUAGCUUCAGAGACAAAACCUGCUGCUGCCACAAGAGGGCAGUAAACGACAUGAUGAAUGAGACAGAAGCUGUUCUGAGGUCAGAUAGUAGCUUGUUUAAGCUAACGUUAGCUUGUUUAUGAUUA